AUGAAUAUCAGGCCCAAUAUGGCCUACGCCCGCCGUCGAAGCAAUUCGUCCACCCACAACAUGAAGGACUUCAAGACCAAGUUCGAGACCAUCGAGACCGAGCCCGUCUUCGAGGAAGAGAUUCACGGCCCUCUUGGUGAAGAGCUCGAGAAGCAGAGUACCACCUCGACGGAGAACAGCAUCGCUGAGGAGGAACACGACAAGAAGAUGUAA